UCGACCGUCGAGUCUACCAACGGAUCAUCGCUCACACCACUCGUGCAUCGAACGGUGACAAUACGCUUUUCGCUCGUGAAAAACUAGUGAACUGUGAAAUGUGCAAGAAAAUAAAAUAAAUACUAAAUUAAAAUUACUUCCUACAUACUGACAUUUAUUAAUGUGAUCAAAGUGGUAUUUCAGUGACUUUUGCGGAGAUUGUAGGAGAGAAACUAUUACGGCUCUACUUUCAGAGAUCACUUUAUUUUAAAUAACACAAUGUAUUGCGAUGUUAUAAUAUUAACGUUUUUGACAAUACCUCUGGUAAAUAGCCAUAGUAACAUACUCCCAAUGCUCGACGAUCAGGACACAGUCGAGAGAUUUAAUAGACAUGAUUUGCCGAGCUUUACGUAUGAAGACGGUUAUCAAGUUAGUACUCCACCACCGAUCAUGGGGCCUGAUCCAAUUGCUCAGAAUAUUUAUAACAACAUACAGUACGCACCACUUAACACUCGAAAUAACCAGAGAACUAAAAACAUAGCUGACGAGUAUACUAAGAUCACUCCAAGCCUAGGCGGAGCGUCUACACCGAAAGAACCUUUACUUUACACGAGAAGCCCAGGCACAACUUCAAUUUCAAGCGUCCCAAAAUCCCAUUUGGAGCCUAGAGUUCCUAAUCAAAUGAAUGCUGAAGCAAUGAAGUGCUAUAGUCCAGGGCAAAGUGUUGAAGUUCUUACAGUUAGUCGAAGCCCGGGACACAAUGCCAUCUAUAGAAGUUUUCCAGAACCAGUUCCGAGAGAUAAUAAGCUUUUUAAGUUGAACAACUUUGUAAGGUCGUUCGGCGUAUACCACGACAUAGAACCAGUAUUGACAACAACGUUAGCAACAUUUGAACUGCCUUCAGAGAAUGUGGCUAGACCCUUCAGUAUGAACCAAAAUUAUGGUCUAAAUCCCAAUAAUAUGGAAGCGGGGCCUGGAAUUGAUAAGAAAAAACGUCAAUAUUCACCGUACGCUAAGCUUCACAGGUUGCAUCUGAACAUUGCAAGGGUAUACAGUCCAGGACAGGUGGUACCGCCACAGGCACCACCAUUCACCGACACUUACUCCAUGAACUACCAAAGGUUACCAGUACAUCCCAAAGCUUAUGCACCAUCCCCUUACCAAGGCUUGUCAAAGAAACCAAGAUACGUAUACCCAGAUCAAGAAAAACAGAAAGGUUACCGUUUCCGCUUGCCAUGAAUACGCAAAAUAUGAUCGUUAAAUUGUAAAUACAUUACUAGAUAAAUUGUAUUUUUGUCGAUAGUAGGUACUUCUAGCGAUGUGCCAUGUGAGGUAGUCACAUAAGCACUAUGGGAUCAUUUGACUUUAUAUACUAUGGAAAUUGUUUAAAGAUUAAUAUAAAAUCUGCUCAGUGAAUCUCCCUAUAACGAAAAGAACAUGUUAUAGAAAGUACUUAAACUAUCUUCACUGUCAUUAUCUGUUUGCUCUUCACCCAAUUUAAUUGACGUGACAAUGUUUAUAAAAAUGUGAUUCUACACAAAGGCUUGGUUAUGUAUACAACUAGUUUUAAUUUCGUACAAUUCUGGCGAUGAGGACAAUCGAUGACAAAUUAUUUGAAGGUUUUAAAAUCAAAUCGUUGACUCUAUUUGAUUGUAUUGUUAUUCUCUGUGUAUGAUACACAAACAAAUAAUUAUUUGUCUUCUAGAAUAUGCAAAUUUGGAAGUUACUAUAACGUCCAUUAUCAUAACAAGAACAUAGUUCCCUAAGCUUACUUAAGAAUCGAGUGGGCGUCAAUUUAGGGAUGCAAUUUUAUGCAAAAUGGGCAGUGUAAUUUGUUCAAGAUUUUUUAUUGAAUAAACAGCGAUAUCUUAAUAUUCAAAUUUGCUGUUAAAGUUAACUUUAAUGACAAAAUAUAGGAAUGAAAUUCGUAUUCAAGCUUUUUAAAAUAUGUCAAUUUUCUAGUAGAAAAAUCUUCAUUGCCAUUGGCCAUAAUGUGUCAUAAUAAUAUUAUAGAAUGAUUAGGUUUUUAUAAGAACAAUAUUUGUAAUUAUUAAGAUUUAAUCCAGCCAUAUUUGUAAUGUAUAUCCCUUUCUGUUUAGUUUAAUAGACAAUAGGAACAUCGUAACAAAUAUGAAAACAUGAUUGAGAACAAUGCCUUCGCUGAACAAGAUACUAAACAACAGUGCCCUACUAACGAGACAAUAGAAAAUCAACAAAAAUAUCUUGUACUCAUAUACAAAAUAAUAAUAAUUCUCUCAUGCACUUGACAUAAUAGAAAAACUGAAAAUAUUUAUAAAAUAAAGUCAUUAAGUCAUUACCUCCUGAAUUAAUAUAAAUUAAAAAUGUAUAAGUUUAACAAUUACUCGAAAGUGUACAAUGUAAUCAUAUUAUGAAUCAUUUCGCGGCUUAUUAUCGAAACUAUUUAGAAAAUUAAGUACGGUACUGGACUAUUAUGAAAAAAAAUCUUCAAUUGAUGAAUAAAUGCGAAAUUAUUCUGAUGUGAAAUCAUUUUUGUUUUAUUGUAAUCUGUGAAAAUCAAGUAAUAUAAUGU